GAGACGAGAGACUAGGUGGGAGAUGAAGAUGGAGAGGAGGAUGGUGAAGCAGAGGAACAAGAAUUCUUGAGGACACACACGGCAUUCCAGUUGUUACGUAAAUCCUAGUUUGAACAAACAGCAAGGAAGGAAAUAGAUCCUGUAUUUUCAGCAUUGCAAUGGCAACCGAGUCCCCUCUUCUGCUGGCUGCAGUGACCCUUCUGUCUGCCCUGCAAAUGGGCUACCUGGCCAGGCAAGUCGGAAAAUCCAGAAUCGCCCAUAAGAUCAUGCCGCCCAUCGUCACUGGACCGCCAGAGUUUGAGAGAACUUUCCGAGCACAUCAGAACUGUGUGGAGUUCUACCCUGUCUUCAUGGUGCUGCUCUGGACCUCGGGGACGUUCUUCAAUGAAGUGACAGCAGCUGGAGCAGGACUGGUGUACAUGGUCGCUCGGCAAAUGUAUUUCAAUGGAUAUGUCAAGUCUGCCAAGAAAAGGAUACCUGGUUUUUACCUCAAUUUGGCUGUCCUGUUCUUUCUAUCUCUACUGAGUUUCAUUGGGAUACUGCGUGGGAUACUUCUCAAGUACUUUGACGUCCACGUCUGAAGAUAGCCGGUUCAUCAAGCUAUGCACACACACCUACAACCAAGUACAUACAGCAUACCUGCAGAAUGGGAGGUUUUCUCAAAACACACUUGCUGUACAGCUGCAAUCACAAAUGCACAAUGACUGCUCAACUGUAAACGUGCUGUAUAUGCACUGAAUUAGAAAACCAAAAGUUUUUCAA